UUAAAAGAGUCGGCUCUUUGAAUCGACUCGUUCGUAACGACACAUGACUAGAGAGAGCUCCCGGUUUCUUCUUCCGGACACGUUAUUGUUGCAUCAGCAUCCAAACAUCCAGCUCUGCGGACAUGUCGACCUCAGGAGAGACAGCCUUUGAGUAUGGCUUCUUGCUACAGAUAAAUGAGGAGGCCGCGCUGGCAGCGGCCCUGAAUGACUACCUCACCUCACGCAGCUACCUGGCUGGGUUCAGCCCCUCCCAGGCCGACCAGAAAGCCUUUAAGCGCCUCCACAGGCCCCCAGAUCCACAACGCGUCCACGCUCUGCGCUGGUACAGACACAUAGCAGCCCUGCAGCAGGACCUCAACCCUGAGAGCAGCAUGAAAGGAAAGCGGGUUCAGCCCACUUGGUCUCCUCCAGCAGGAACAGAUGUUCCCCAACUUCGACUCUACAACAGCCUGACGAGAGCAAAGGAGCCGUUUGUUCCCCAGAAAGGGAACCAGGUAACGUGGUACUGCUGCGGACCGACGGUGUACGAUGCCUCACACAUGGGACACGCCAGAUCCUACAUAUCCUUCGAUAUUCUGCGAAGGAUACUGAAGGACUACUUCAAGUACGACGUCCUCUACUGCAUGAACAUCACAGACAUCGACGACAAAAUCAUUAAAAGGGCCCGGCAGAACCACCUCCUGGACCAGUACAAGGAGAAGCAGCCACCAGCUGCUCAGAUACUGCAGGAUGUGCUGAGCGCCAGAGGGCCCUUUCAGGCCCACUUGGCUACAACGACGGACCCAGAUAAGAAGCAGAUGUUGGAGCGUCUGGACGCUGCUGUUACUGCCGCUCUGAAGCCCCUGCAGGCAGCGAUGGAGGGCAAAGCAGCCCACGAGGUCGCACAACCUCUGGCACAGGUGCUGCUGGAGAGCUCCAAGGACUUGCUGUCUGCGUGGUUGGACCAUCAGUUUGGAAGUCAAGUCACAGAGAAUUCAAUCUUCUCCAUUCUGCCUAAUUACUGGGAGGGAGAGUACCACAAAGACAUGGAGGCCCUGAACGUUCUUCCUCCGGACGUCCUCACUCGAGUCAGUGAAUACGUCCCUGAGAUUGUGGAGUUUGUGAAGACGGUUGUCUCAAACGGUUACGGGUAUGAAUCAAACGGUUCUGUGUACUUUAACACCUCCAAGUUUGACACCAAUCCGAAGCACUCGUACGCCAAACUGGUGCCGGAGGCGGUCGGAGAUCAGAAAGCUCUACAAGAGGGAGAAGGAGACCUGAGCAUCUCUGCUGACCGAUUAAGUGAGAAAAAGUCCCCCAACGACUUUGCCUUGUGGAAAGCCUCCAAGCCCGGAGAGCCGUCCUGGGACUCUCCGUGGGGGAAGGGAAGGCCGGGCUGGCAUAUUGAAUGCUCGGCCAUGGCUGGCUCCAUCCUGGGAGAGUCCAUGGACAUCCACGGUGGAGGGUUUGAUCUUCGAUUCCCCCAUCACGACAACGAGUUGGCUCAGUCUGAGGCUUUCUUUGAGAACGAUUACUGGGUCAGAUACUUCCUGCACACCGGACACCUGACGAUCGCUGGCUGCAAGAUGUCCAAAUCGCUGAAAAAUUUCAUCACUAUUAAAGACGCUUUGGCGAAGAACACAGCUCGUCAGCUCCGUCUGGCUUUCUUGAUGCAUUCCUGGAAAGACACCCUGGACUACUCCUCCAACACUAUGGAGUCAGCCGUCCAGUACGAGAAGUUCAUGAAUGAGUUCUUCCUGAAUGUGAAAGACAUACUGCGCGCUCCGUCUGAUAUCACCGGGCGGUAUGAGAAGUGGGAGGCAGCCGAGAUGGAGCUCAACAACAGUUUCUACGACAGGAAGUCGGCCGUCCACGAGGCUCUGUGCGACAACGUGGACACUCGCACCGCCAUGGAGGAGAUGAGAGUGCUAGUCGGCCAGAGCAACACCUACAUCGCCAGCAGGAAGAGCGCCAAGCUGAAGCCCAACCGCAUGCUGGUGGAAAGCAUCGCCGCGUAUCUCACCAGCAUGCUGAAGAUAUUUGGCGCCAUUGAAGGAUCGGAGCCCGUCGGGUUCCCAGUGGGAGGACAAAGUCAGAGCAUCGAUCUGGAGAGCACCGUGAUGCCGUACCUCACGGUGUUGUCAGACUUCAGAGAGGGAGUCCGCAAAAUUGCCCGAGAGCAGAAAGUGACGGCGUUGCUGCAGCUGUGUGAUGUCGUCCGUGACGAUACGUUACCGGAGCUGGGAGUCCGACUGGAAGAUCAUGAAGGCCUGCCCACCGUGAUGAAACUGGUGGACAAGGAGACUCUACUGAAGGAGCGAGAGGAGAAGAAGCAGAUGGAAGAAGAGAAGAAACAGAAGAAGGAAGAAGCUGCCAGGAAGAAACAAGAGCAAGAGAUGGCUAAACUGGCGAAGAUGAAGGUCCCUCCAUGUGAGAUGUUUCGCACUGAAACCGACAAGUAUUCCAAAUUCGAUGAAACGGGUUUCCCCACUCAUGAUGCUGAAGGAAAGGAGCUGAGCAAAGGUCAAGCCAAGAAGCUGCGAAAGCUCUACGAGGCCCAGGAGAAACUGCACAACGAGUAUCUUCAGAUGAACCAAAAUGGCAACUGAUUGUGUUUGCAAACUGUCCGAACCCUCCGCUCUACAGAAUAAAUGUUCAGGCCAGA